CAUGCAGUAAAUGAAGAGGAAGGUGAACCGAAAAGCAGCAGUUUAGAACGAAGAAUUCCAAAUGACUUAAAUUUGCACAAAAACGCGAUAAAUUCUUAAUUAGACUAAUCGAAAACGCAACGCUUGCGUGUUAACAAAUAGAAAUAACUAAAUUUUAUAAAAAUAUUAAAAAUAAAACGACGCGAAUUCGAACGAAACCAAAGUGCUUCACAUGAAAUAGGGAAAAUAUAAUUUCUCUGCUGCACGACGACGACGACGAAGCAAAAAAUAAAAAGAAAGGCAAAGAUAAAAAUAAGAAUCUGUGACAAGCGCUGGAGCAGAUAUCCAAAUCCAAUCAUAUCGGUGGUAACGCGUGAUAAGGAAACGGAUUUAACGAUAUAUAAACAGGGAGGCACAAUUUUUUGCGAUCGAAUUAUAAUAAAUUUAUGUAUAUAUACUACAUACGUAUAGAGAGAAGGUUAACCGCAGUAAAACAAGACGACAUUAUCCAAGAAGAACAAGCCCAAAACGGAGUUGGGAACAAAAAACAGAGCUCAGUUACUGCUGUCUGGUUGGACGGAUAGGUCAGUCCACAGCGUCAGUGGGAAAGACUGAUUGCGUAUACUCCAGCAAGUUUCACGCCACGUACCUUAGCGGCGCUAAAACCCGAAUGGCUGCUCACAAGCGGAGGCACAGAACACAUACCACAUAUACAAUAUCGUCUGGCGUUAGAGGACACUAGACAACCUCACCCGCUUUGGCUCUACUUUUUGUUAUUUUUGUCUUUCGAAUAGCACUUGUCAACUACUUAUAUGCCAGCGCACCGUUUAAGUAAUAACGAGCAAUCGCCACUGCAAACUAAACCAAUGCUCUCCAUCAACGAGGAGCAACAGCAUACGGAAGCGUUGCACGCAACACAGCGUAACCAAAUCGAUGGCAAUGGCGAGGUGCAUCAUGCUAAUGGCAAUGUCAGCGGCACGAGCCAACAACAGCGCCAGCAAACUGCUAGCAGCAACAACAGCAGCGCACACGAAACACCACAUUUGCCGCCAUUGCCUGACGGGCCACUAUGGUCGGUGCUAUACGAUUAUGAUGCGAAAGGCGAAGAUGAGCUUACGCUGCGACGCGGUCAAAUUGUGGUGGUGCUGUCAAUGGAUAGCAAUAUUUCAGGCGAUGAGGGCUGGUGGACGGGCAAAAUCGGUGAUAAGGUCGGCAUUUUUCCCAGUAACUUUGUGACAGACCAGGAUCCUAUGCUGCCAGAUGUACCUUCAGCCAUUGGCGAUAUACAACCACAGGAAAUCGACUAUGCCGAACUUGAAGUAGGCGAAGUGAUUGGUGCUGGUGGCUUCUGCAAAGUUCAUCGUGGAUAUUAUAACGGCGAAGAGGUUGCGAUUAAAGUAGCACCGCAAGCUGGACCCGACAUUGAGUCAAAUCGCGAAAAUGUGCUGCAGGAGGCGAAACUAUUCUGGGUCGUCAAACACGAAAAUAUUGUGGCACUGCGCGGGGUCUGCCUAAAGCCGCCGGAUCUCUGUCUGGUAAUGGAGUAUGCGCGCGGCGGCAGUUUAAAUCACAUUCUAGCUCGUGGCAAAAUACCACCCGAUGUGCUGGUCAACUGGGCGAUACAGAUUGCACGGGGCAUGAAUUACCUGCACAACGAAGCGCCCAUUUCGAUCAUACACCGCGAUCUGAAAAGCUCAAAUGUGCUCAUUUUGGAAGAAAUCAUCGGAGGAAACUUGCACAACAAAAUGCUGAAAAUCACUGACUUUGGAUUAGCCCGCGAACUUUACAACACAACACGCAUAUCAACGGCGGGCACUUAUGCCUGGAUGCCGCCGGAAGUGAUAAAAAGCAGCACAUACUCCAAAUCAUCGGAUGUUUGGAGCUAUGGAGUGCUGCUGUGGGAGCUCAUUACAGGCGAAACGCCAUAUAAAGGUUUCGACUCGUAUUCAGUUGUAUUUGGCAUUGCGGUAAACAUGCUGACGUUGCCUAUACCGAAGACUUGCCCGGAGGCGUGGGGAAAACUCAUGAAAAGCUGCUGGGAGAAUGAUCCUCACAAGCGUCCGGGUUUCAGAGACAUACUGACAAAGCUCGAAGAUAUUGCACGUUCAGGUUUCACACUAACGCCACAGGAGUCAUUCAAUACUAUGCAAGAUGGCUGGAAAAAGGAAAUAGCCGAGGUGCUGCACGAGUUGCGCUUGAAAGAAAAGGAAUUGCGCACCAAAGAGGAACGCUUGAAUCGUGUUCAAAGCGAACAGGACGAACAGGCCAUGAAUCUCAAACGAUUCGCCGAGCAUUUGAAGCUGCGUGAAAUGGCUUUAAUAGGUCGAGAGCUUCAAAUAGCACAACAAACACCCACACCAAAUCGUAGGCGUGGCAAAUUCAGUAAAGUGAAACUCAAGCUUCUUAAAAAAAACGAAGUGCAAAUUUCACUUCCAACAGAUUUUCGGCACACAGUGACGGCGAUACACGACAAACCAUUGACUGAUACCCCACCUGGUUCGCCAGCCAUUUCCCAGCUGCGCAUUGUGGCACUGACACCGCCUCAGUUGCCACCCGACGGUUAUAAAGGCAAGACGUGGGGCCCCUCGACGGUGCACCAGCGCGAGCGUCCCCACCUGCCUGCACUACUCGCCACCGAAUGGCCCAGCCCAGCCUCGACGAACUCUUUGUUCAGCAAGAGUGCGCCCAAUCUCGACAAGAAGGCCGUACGGCCCAAUCAGCUCCACUACGUGCAUCAUAACCAUCAACAUCAGCACAACCACCACCACCAUCCGCUUCAUCACCAUCAUUCGCCUCACCAUCAUCGGCUCCAACAUUUGCCGUCGCAUCAUUCGCACGCUCAUCAUAUCGACUACAAAUUCGGCUCGAUGCCGUGCUCGCCCACUUCGCCGACGUAUGCAUCCGAUGCUUGCAUCGGCUACAACGAGUCAGGUAUUUGUAUUAUAAGGAAUUACAACAAAAACAACAGUACCAAUACUACACCAACGCAAACACCAACUACAACAACAAUGAUAACAGCAGCGACGGCAACGUCCGCAAACAACAAUAUGUCCAACUCCUCGCCCUGCUCGAAAUCAUUGAACUCAUCGCUGGUGACGUUCCCAUUACUCAAUAAUACAAACGAACAUCCUCAUGCCACUUCAAUCAUAAAUAUUAAUAACAAUAAUCCUCAUCAGAAUCCGCAUCUGCAACAUCAACAUCAUAGUAAUAGUAAUUCGAGCAAUAACAGCAAUAGCAACAACAGCGGUAAUAUUGCCACCAACAACUUCAUAUUUGACCCCAACAUUCAUAAUAAAAACAACAGCAACAACUAUAACUAUACGAAUAGCUAUAGUAGUAGUAAUACAAGUACUAGUACACUGAUCCAAAAUAAUAGCCAUAGUAAUAGGAAUAAUGGUAAUAACAGUAACAAUAACCACAAUAACAGUAAUAAUAGCAAUAAUAGUACUAGAAAGGACUCGGGCAGCACUAUUAGUGUGAAAAGUCUCAGUUUAUGUAGCAAUAAGAAAUUGAAAGCACAGCAACUGCAUCAGCAGCAGCAAUUCCUACGGCAGCAAAGCCCCCAACUGCCACCAGUGGCUCGCAGCCAAGAGGAUGGCUUGGACAUGCCGGCACAGUAUCCCUGUUCGCCGCUGUCAUUGUGGCAAUAUCAGUUCGUGCCAGCCCCAGACUAUCCGCCAUCGGAUCAAAGCGAUACGGAAACCGAACCGCCUACGCCCACGGUCAGCUGUUUCCCAUUCCGCAAAGUGUCGCCAGUCACGCAGCAUCCCAUAUCGCCGUACCCCUACCAUGACCGUAGUCCAAUGUCCGAGCAUGCAAUCAGCGGUUUUAGUAGCCUCGGUAACAGCCCGGCUGUCGGCCGCAAAAAACUAUCGCUCGACAGCGAAUUAUCGGCCAUCGAACGUGUGCAAAAACGAGUACAGCAGCAACAGCAAGCGAAAAUGAUGCCGAUCGUUAUGCUACUGUCUGAUUUUGACAAGCUAGCGCCACAGCCGCUGCACAGCAACAGCGCCGCUAGCAGCUCAACUAACCUCAUUAACAAACCGAAUGACCCAACAUACGAUCGCGCUUUCUACCAUGAAAUGCAAAAAUCAUUGGAGGAAAUGUUCACUCUGCCAACUGGCAGCCGUUUCGGCAGUCAAUGCUCGGAGCGUCUCAACUCAAAGUCCAGCGGCGAUUUGACCAAGUACAAUUCGACCUCACGGCUCACUGAGGAGGCCGUCGACUAUGAGCCGAACUACCGCUUUCAACGCAACGCGUCUGGCUCACAAUUUCCACGUCAGUGUUUCUUCCAGCAGCCAACAAACGCCAGCGACACCGUCGAUGAUGUAUCGCAUGCGAGCGGCUCACAAAACGCUUCAUUCCGUUCGCAUUCGGGAGAUGAACACUUCAAUUCAAUAUGCUCCGACCAGUCGUCAUCUAUAGACACAACUAAUUCUACACAAACGUCGCGCAAAUCGUCCGUCACCUUCCAGCUGAACUCGUCCGCCUCGCAAAGUAACUCGUGUACCUCUAACGAUGACCAAGUGAGCAACGCCAUUGCCAACGCCAAUCAAUUAUUUAGCUUUUCAACAACCCUCAAUUCCACCGAUACGGACGCGUCGCAUUUCCACACAGACACCGAACAAUUCAUCAACACCGCAACGCAAAAAACGCCGCCUAGCGCAGCAGCGGUCAUGCCGAAAAACUCGUUGUUGCAUGGCUUAAAGCUGCAGGAUGUACAGCCGGCGCCAGAAGUGCUGCGCAUGCAUCAAAGUUUGCUGUUGGCGCAAGAAGCGAAGGCACGCAAACACAAAAUGCAGGCGAAGAAGAGCAGCAGCAAAUCGAAGGAGUCGGGCACGUCGGCAUCCCUCCAGCACAAAGUGCAAAGCAUCCUGAAUUACUUUACGUUGCGCAAAAAGAAGUCGGAAAGUGAAUACAAAUUAUUCGAAAACGCCAACUCGGAAUUCGUGCACGAAACACGCAGAAAAACGAAUGCGAGGGCGAAGUCAUGCGAGCAAUUGGAGUGCGUUUAGCGGAUGGGGAGUGGAAGAGCGAAGUUGAAGGGAAAAAGAACGUGACCAUAGCAAAUACUAGGAGUGUUGAAGGGAAUUACGUAUACAUGAGGAAUCAAUUUGAUGUGAGGACGGAAAGUGGCGAAGAAGCGCGAGAGUAUUCAAAAGUGGACAGUGAAAUAUGUGAAUUUUUAGUGCCGCUAUAUAAAGCCGGAUUGAAAGCCAAGACAAUUGGAUGAAGUUCGAUUUUACGGCGCAAUUUUAACUGCAGAACUUAGCGCAUAACGGCGAAUGUAUGCACAACCACAUACCGGAAGUAAAGAUUUUUGGAUUUCAUAAUCUGUAUGCGCACAAACUAAUAAAUAUUUACUUGAACGUGUUGUAGUCGUUGGCGGUGCAUGAAAAAAGCGUCUGAGCUUUUUACGCUUGCGCGUAUUCCGAGACGUUCGAACCAGUGCAUGUGUAUUUCUGUGCAUUUAUUUUUUAACCUGAAAAGCAAACAAGCAAAUAAACAUUCUUAGCAUGAAACCGUGGCCGCGGUGCAUUUGGAUAAACAGGCGCUAUAACCGCUGCCAGGCGAAUGGCCCAGUGGGCUUCUCAAACAUGGAAUUGCAAAUUGAAUGAUGGAAAAUUCUUGGAGAUAUGCAAAGCAAAUACAAGUGCAUUCAAUUAAGUUAAAUUGUAGCAUAACAAAAGCAAGCAAAAAUAUCUAGUUUCUAAGCUUAAAAUAUAAGACUUUAGUGCCUCAGAGAAAACUGAAACAGGAAAAAAAUGAAGUGAAAUGUUUAACCAUUAAACGCAGAGAAAACCGAUGUUAGCCAAUAUGGACUGUGUAAUUGGAUGUACUUUAAGUAAAAAAGUACACAGACCCAUGCAUACAUACAUGUAUACACAGACAUAUCCAAAUGUUGAUCAUCCACCAACAGCCGUAUUUCUUGAGCUACACACGCCACAGCUUCGGUGCGAAAUACGGUCGUCUCUACAUUUUAAAACCGUUGGCGCUGAAAUUUUUGCAUAAUUUUUAAGUAAAAAAAUUUAUCUUAUCGCUGCUUUUUCUUAAAAAACAAAAACAAGUCUUAUUUAUUUUUAUGUUUAAAAAAUUGUCCAGUCAGUUUUUGUUUUUUUUUUGGUUGCAUGCAAACCAUUGCAAUUUUUUAGAUUUUUUUCAAUGUAUUUUAUUAUAUUUUUCUUUGUUGGAAAAACUGUGAUCACAAAAUGAAGCAAAGUAAAGCAAAUUUGUUAAUUUUAUGUAAAAGUUGUGCAAAUUGUCCCAUUUUUUAUUGUAUGAUUUCUAAUGCGCCCCCAAAUUUAUAUUUUUAUUUUAUAUUUUCGUUUUGUCAGUGCCAAUCCGCAAUAGGUGACAUCACAAAAUUGCAACAAAUUUUGUUGAUAUACAAUUUUUUAGAAAUUUACUACCGAAAAUUAUUUAUUAUACACAAAAUUAUUUUCCAAACGAUUGGCUUGAACUGGGUAUUAUUUUACUAAGUAUAAAAUUAAUGUUUUUGUUGUGAACAUUUAAAAAAUAUAUAUAUGUAUAUACAUAUAUGUAAAUUUUUAUUUAAUUUAUGGCUUGAAAAAUUUUAACUUUGCAGCAAAUUGGCGAUGUGUGUAGUCGAAAAGCGAGUGAAAAAUAGUACUUGCCCUGUAAAAACAAAAAUCUCGAAACUAAUGGCGAAAAAUUUCCAUCGAAUAAUCGUCGCUUGAGUUUUCGAGUUUCGACUGUAUUUGAGUGCGUUCAAUGGCGGGGGCGGAGUGUGUAUUGAACGGUUAUUUUUCAAAAGAUUUGGCAAAUGUCGGCACACCGGAUUGUACUCGUACAUAACAAAAAUCGCCGUAACCUUAAGCUAAACUGCUCAAAGCGUUUCACAUUUCGUCUUAACUUUUUUUUCCUAAGCCACCUUUAAUGAAAAUAUUCGGUUGAGGUCAUACUUGAGAAGACCUUAGCAAAUCUUUGUAAAAAAAACCGCCGCUUUCCCCGCCUACGGGCCAUUCAUUAAUUGCACACACUUUGGCUUUAUUUAGUUUAAAUUUUUAGCGUUAAAAAAUUCUAUUAUUGUGCCUGCUUUACAUAGCCCUGACUUUUGUUUUUCUACCGUCUCUUAUGUAUUGCGACAUCUUUUAACCACUACAUUUACAAUGCAAUUUUUAAAUGCUUUACAAUUUUCGUAUAAUUGAAAUUUAAGCUACGAAAAUAUUCCAUUUUAUACCAUAAAGCAAAAUUAGUAGCGAAAUAAAGUACCGUAAGCCCCUCGAAAGUUUAUAAAAAAAUUACAAAAACACUAAAAUAAAUUUCAAAAAACAAGCAAUAAAUAGUUUGUACUUUAGUUUUAUUUACAAUUAA